AUGGCAGCAGCGGCAGUAGAGGUUGGUGAGUUCCAACAACAUAUAGACUGGUUUCGUGUUGAUCAACCAAGUCGUAAGCAAUUAGCUAGACUACGCGCGCAUUUGGUUCACAUGUUUAACCAGGUCUCUGAUUUAGAACAACUUGCUGUAAAUGAGGCUGAUCAUAAGGAAGUGGUUGAGUUGCAGCGAAAGGUGGCUGCAUUGCAGAUUGGGUUAACUGGGAGUGUAUUUGUUGCUUCCAUUGCCUCCCUCAUCUUCAAUGUUUCUGCAGAAUUGGUCCAGGUAUACCCUUGUAGUGUGAAAAUAAAGGAAGAACCACAGGAGACUGGGAAUCAAGAGUUACUUCAAGAUCCAUUAAAAAUUGAGGCUCCAUUUUACAACACAAAGGAAGAUCCAGGACUGAAAUUGAAUGUGAGUCUCUCUGAACAUAGUAUGUUCAGCAAUCCUGAAUAUGAUCCUCUGGGAGUUAAGAUGGAGGAGGUGGAAGCCUCAACAAGAUAUGCAUCUGAUAGUGCAAGAUUGACUCAGACUACUGGUGGGAGCUGUGGCAUAUCAUGUGAAGAAAUUUAUCACCAUGGGCUGGUCCAGGAUGAUUCGGUGAUAGACGAGGAGAAGUCAACACAUGAGUUUGGUACAGAAAAUGUGACUAUUGACAAGGAAUGCUCAGUUGCCACCCAAUAUGACUGUAGUAAGAGAGAAAAGGAAUUACUUCUAUAUAGCUGUGAUUUCUGCCAACAGAACUUUCCUUCAAAAUACAGACUCAUAAUGCAUGUGUUUAUGCACAUUGAUGGCAUGAAGCCACCUUUGUAUGUUUGUAAGUGGUGUGGUGAGGUAUUUGACAGUAAGGUUAGUUUGAAAACACAUUUGAGAUUGAGAGAGAAUUAUCAUGUCUUAACUGUGGGCCACCAUGAAAAAUAUGGCUAUAGUGAUGAGCAUCAAAGCAGUAUCUUCUUGGAUAGUGAGCCAGAAGUUUCUUUUACAGAACACAUUGAACAGUCUUCAUAUAAGGAAACUUGGAAAACUUCAAAGAAGGCCUCUAAUGACGUGUGUAACAGACACAUGACAAAUGAUGCAGAGAAAACAAGUGCUUAUGGAAUUUUAUCUACAGCUGUUAAUUUCAGUGCCCAGGCUGAUCUAUAUAUUGCAAACAGAACCAACAAAUGUGGUAUUUGUGCCAAAUGGUUUGCAAGGUCAGGAGAUCUGAAGACACACGUAUUAAUUCACACUGGAAUGAAACUUCACAAAUGUGAGAUUUGUGGGAAAUCUUUUACUUUGUUAGGCAGUCUCAAGAAGCAUUCGUUAAAUCACACUGGAAAGAAACCCCACAAAUGUGAGAUUUGUGGAAAAUGUUUUGCUAGAUCAGAUUGUCUCAAGACUCAUGUAUUAAUUCACACUGGAAAGAAACCUCACAAAUGUGAGAUUUGUGGAAAAUGUUUUGCUAAAUCAGGUUAUCUCAAGGCUCAUAUAUUAAUUCACACUGGACAGAAACCCUACAAAUGUGAGAUUUGUGGAAAAUGUUUUACUACAUCAGGUUCUCUUAAGACUCAUGUAUUAAUUCACACUGGAAAGAAACCCUACAAAUGUGAGAUUUGUGGGAAAUGUUUUGCUACAUCAGGUUAUCUGAAGACUCAUUUAUUAAUUCACACUGGAAAGAAACCUCACAAAUGUGAGAUUUGUGCAAAAUAUUUUGCUACAUCAGGUUGUCUCAAGAGGCAUGUAUUAAUUCACACUGGAAAUAAAUCUCACAAAUGUGAGAUUUGUGGAAAAUGUUUUACUACAUCAGGUUAUCUCAAGACUCAUGUAUUAUUUCACACUGGACAGAAACCCUACAAAUGUGAGAUUUGUGGGAAAUGUUUUGCUACAUCAGGUUAUCUCAAGACUCAUUUAUUAAUUCACACUGGAAAGAAACCUCACAAAUGUGAGAUUUGUGCAAAAUGUUUUGCUACAUCAGGUUGUCUCAAGACUCAUGUAUUAAUUCACACUGGAAAGAAACCUCACAAAUGUGAGAUUUGUGGAAAAUGUUUUACUACAUCAGGUUAUCUCAAGACUCAUGUAUUAUUUCACACUGGACAGAAACCCUACAAAUGUGAGAUUUGUGGGAAAUGUUUUGCUACAUCAGGUUCUCUUAAGACUCAUGUAUUAAUUCACACUGGAAAGAAACCCUACAAAUGUAAGAUUUGUGGGAAAUGUUUUGCUACGUCAGGUUAUCUCACGAAACACAUACUAAUUCACACUGGAAAGAAACCUCACAAAUGUGUGAAAUGUGUGAAAUCUUUUGCUUGGUCAGGGAAUCUCAAGACGCAGGUAUUAAUUCACACUGGAAAGGAACCUCACAACUGUGAGAUUUGUGGGUAAUCUGUUGCUACGUCAAGCUGUCUUAACAGACAAACAUUUCCUCACAAAUGUGUGAUUUGUGGGAAAUCCUUCGCUAGGUCAGGCACUCUCAAGAGGCAUAUAACAAUUCACACUGGAAAGAAA